CGAACGAAAUUCCUAUACCUUAGAGUUUUGAAAAAACUUUCUUGGACAUAUUGGUCUCAUUGCAUAUAUAAAUAUCAUCCAAAAACGGCUGCAUCUCUUUUUUUUAUUAUGAAAAAGAAACUUUUGAAGUCAAAUAAAUGGCAGGUCCAGGUAUGGUAUUAGUGACUCCUACAUUUGCAAUCGAAACCGAUGUUGUAUCAACCACAAAAGACAAGCAGCUGGACUUCUCGUACGCCGUGGUUCCAUCUUUGUACACAUCGAUUAGCGGACAUUGCUCUCCUGAGGACAACUUACAAACGGUUUUAUCAGCGGAGUUACAAAUCCAGCAAGCGGUUAACAACUUUCGCUCGCGGGGUAAGGACACCGAGACACUGCACCAUUCCGUCGCCGAUGGACUGCGUAAACAUCGCCUUCUAACCGAUCACGGUGUGCAAGUGGCUCCUGGUGACCUUUUGGAUUUGAAUGAUGUGGAUGAUUUUAUUCAUCGUGUGUGUGAUCAACUCCAGGCUACCGAUACGGAAUACAAUCACAUGUUCGAUAUGAUACCCGUGGAAAUUGAUCGGCAAAUCGGGGAAGUUUUCACAAAACUCCAUGGCCAAGUGGCUGAAGGAGUGCGAAAUGCCCAAAAAAAGUCCCUGAAGAAACUGGACCUAAUGGAGAAGUUUUUCGAUGAACAGUAUGAAGAUGCAGUCGCCAGUUUGUUGCGUUGGUGGAAAAAAUACGACGAGAUGCAGAUUAAUAAUUUUCAAAAAACCGCCUGCUUAGCAGACGACGAUGCCCAGGCGAUUGUGAGGAAGCACAGAAAACAAAUGGCACUGCAUCGGGAAACAAUUGAACGUAUUAAUAAACAGACCAUCGCUCUUAAGAACCACUUAGCCGAAUUGAAUAAUCCUAAAGGUCAAGCCGAAGAAGCGAAGUCUCGCACAAACAUAAUCGAUGCACAAAUGGAGUUUCCGGAAGUAAACAGCGUUCUACCAUCCCAGAACGUGGUACAGAAAACGGAAGAUGAAAUUGUUGCUAAUCUGGUAGAGGUCCAUGCUCUGAGAGAGCAAUGUGCCGCUUUGGAGAUACUAAACGAAGCAAAUAAGAAAAUUCUGGUAGAUAAGAAGUUGUUUUUGGAUCAGUUGACGGCGGAAUUAGCGGCUUCAAAGAGAGAACACCGGAAAACUCUCGAUGAAAUGCAUACAAGACUCCAGGAAGAGCGUCGAUCGCUACAAAUCACACGUGAUGAAUACGAUCAGCUGCUUGAGCAGCUACUGAACCCGGCUCCACCUGAUCCGGCUGAGCUGGCUGAGGAGGACCAGCUGCGGCAGCAAAUCGCCCAUAGCCAACAGCAGCUUUUCCAACACAAUCAACAACUGCGGCUGAUCCAGCUGGAACUGCGGAGUAUUGACAAAAUAUACGACCAGCGCUUCCAGCAGUUGCAGAAGAUCGGUUUUAUGCUGCGGAAUGAAACCUACGUACGGCGGACGUUAGAGAGAAAAUUCUUCAAGAAUGCUAACUAUCUUAAUCUGAAAGAACUGAUGCGCAUGGAGGGAAGCGGACAAGGAAAAAAGCCGGCCUUGGAUGAACAGGAUCUUUAUGGGACGGAAUCGGUCAGCGGGUCUGGUGACCAGCUGCAAGAAGCGGUGCACAACGAGCGCGGGAAAACGUAUGAGCAAGAAAAUUAUACUAUCUGGUGAUUCGCUAAUAACGUUUAGAAAAUAUCAACUAUAGUUGGCUAAAUCAGUUGAAUGCCAAUUUUUCUCUGCUAGAAGUUUAUUUCAUUCAAGUAAUUAAGUAAUAAAUUAAAACUAGAAUUAAUAUAUGAUUGCUUGGUUGUGUCUUGUGACAAUCGAUACGAGCAUGUGUUACUGGUUGCUGCCGUUUUGGGAACUUUUCUGCCUCAAUUUGCGGAAGA